AUGCCCUACACUGCGCCAGGAAAGACGUUGCUCUCCGCGCAGCACAUUGAAUAUUCUCGCCCGCCAACUGAAGAGCCUUGCGAGGCUCCAGGUUUGGUUCGGUCACCCACGGGACGGGUCCAGAAUUCCCGGUCAUAUUCAUCCACUUCCUACACUCGUCGUCAUCGAAGGAGUCCUUCGAUCAGCAAAUCAACUGUGCACUCCAACUCAGAAUCCCCGGCCCGAGCCUCCCCCUCCUUCGACCCACAUGCCAGUCUCCGUCAGUCCCCACCACCAGUGAACAAUGCUCUCAUCCCUCCCGGGGCAGUAAUCUCACCUCCAGAGUCUGCCCCUAACUCCAGUGAUGAGGAGUCGCCGUACCGAAGUGGUGAGGGUGUGAAAUUUGAUGAGCUGGAGGCUGCCGUUCGAUCAAUCAAAGUGAGGAGAGAGAGCUCACCGGAGAGAAUGCGUCCAGGUCAGCCAGAAGAGGGGGCUCAGCCCUCGUCGAGUUUGUCGUUGGACACCGAGUCAAAGCCUGUUCGACCCAAGCUUCCUCACCUACCAUUGUCCAAGGAAGCUCGCAAGAUUGCCCACUCUCGAUCCUCGACUGAAACCGCCAUUAAUUUGGCCCGGGAAGAGGUAUUGACUAGCUCGCCCGAGGACAGUGACGUGGAGAUGACGUGCAAACCCCCAAUGGUCCGCAAGAAGUCGGGUGAGCUUGUUCGCCCAGCCCUUCGUCCUGCAUCGGCCCGGCGUCGACCUUCGAGCAUGCCUGGUACUCCUGUUUAUUCCAAAGCCGUGCAUUUCGAUUCUCACUUGGAGCACAUUCGUCAUUUCCUCCAGUUGGACAGGCCACUGGCUGUCAGCACAAAUACCUCGCCGGUCGAAAAUCAUGACAACAAGGACGAGUUCCCCUUCAGUUCUGGCCCGUCAUGGGAAUGGGAGAUCAAAUUGGCCAAUUGGCCCAAGGAUGUUACCUCACGUGCCACUCAGCCGGUCCGCCUCGAGAGAUUGUUCUUGUCAGCUGAUAAGAGCGCUUUGGUCGGCACUGUAGCAGUGGCAAACCUGGCUUUCCAAAAGCAUGUGACUGCGCGAUUUACUCUGGAUUAUUGGAGAACUACCUCAGAGGUCGGAGCGGCGUAUUGCCAUGAUGUUCGUCGCCAACAAGCUACCGAUGGAUACGAUCGCUUUUCGUUCGACCUCAAGCUGAACGACCAGGCCAAUCUGGAGACUAAGACCUUGUUCAUGUGCAUUCGCUACAACGUGGCUGGACAGGAAUAUUGGGACAACAACGAUUCAGUAAAUUAUCAGGUCGACUUCCACAAGGCACCGAAGGCCGUGAGCAAGCCUGCAACCAGCCCAUCUCGCCCUACUAUUCCGCGCAGCCGAUCUUUCACCAGCACCCACAACCUGCGCCCGCAAUCCAUGUCUACUAACUACGACUUCUCUGACCUUGGCAACAAGGCGCCGUUCUCAAACCCUUUUGGCGAUGCAAAUGGCGCCCCUCUGACUCGCAUGCCCUCGGAUGAUAUCGAUACAGUCGCGCCGCCCAAGCGCCGCGAUCCCUCCAACCGCCAGGCAUUUGGAAACCGGUACGAUUUCGGAGCGUCGUUGUCUGCUGCGAUGCGGUCGAAGGCACCCGUGGAUCGGACCACUCUGACUGCCCGCGCGAAGACCGGAGAGACCGCGGAGCCGGAAACAGCCAAGUCGACAAAGCAGAUUGCCGGCUUUGAGCAGGACACUGGUUCUCCAGUGGGCGAUAAGCCCCGUACUGGAGGGGUCGCGGAAGAUCUGAAACCAUCCUCUCUGCUGUCUACCAAGCCGCAGCUUGAGUCCUCCGUGUACCAGGAGUUGGUCAACAAGUACUGCUUUUAUGGAUCUCCGCAAGGAUCAACUCCGAAGGCACAAGCCUCGAUCUCGAGCGGGUGGCAGGGCGAGGCUCCCAAGCAGGUCUCAGCUCCAGCUUGUCUCUCGCCGCCGUUGUCCCCUCGGUCUCCUGCUCCCCUCCGUGAGCCUGUGGCCGAGGCACCUCGUGCGUCUGUUAGUCCCCGCGCCUCUCCGCGGCCGUCAGCUCCUUCCAUGGCUUUUCGCCAUACUUUCAACCGCGGUUUUUUGAAUGACCCUCACUCUUCAACCGUCAUCAGAGGGUGA